UCACAUCAAUCAGCUUUCGUGCACCCAUACCAGAAUACACACAACACACUGCGCCAUCGCACUUCCCCAACGCUCGACAAGGACCAUCUCCCUAUUCUUCACACUUCCGGGUAUCUCUGGGUCGAUUCUAUUCCGCUGCAAUUGUUACACGUGAGGCACAAGGUUAUCUCCAGGCGCCAUAUACACAAUGGGUUUCAUCGAGAAGUUGCAAGCCAAAAUUGAGCUCUACCGGCUAGAGCAGCGUUAUGCGCGUCGCAAACACCGCAGCACAUUUUCAGGGGUCACCUACGUUGAUGGAGAAUACGUCUACGUCAACGGAUCGAGCUCCCCCUCAGGGACCGUCUCCAAGCACUCGACAGGCAGCUACUGGAAGGCCCCUACAUGGGGCUCAUCCGGCGACUCGCGCUGGCGUUGACACACUUUCGCGAUUCUUUUAAGCGCUGUUCUUUCCGUUUUGCUCGACCAUUGAUCCUCCACAUUAUGUCCAUGUCGAGGAUGCGACGACCUGUCCUUGUUGGUUUCAUUCAUGGGUGAAGAAAGUGAACGCAAAAAGUUCAUGUCAUCUUUCCCUACCUCAAUUCUUCGGCCCUCCUUAUCGGACGCGGGAUUCGG